CCCGAGUUGAUGUGAACCGCCAUUUUCAUCCGACAAGAGCAAGCACACACCAAGCCGCAACCCAGAUCAAGCCAGGCCCUUGCCGUUUCACCUCGCCCAAACCGCCACGACGCUAUCUUCACCGCUGUCUUCACUCCACGCACUCCACGCACUUGCCACGAUGGUGAACGACGACAGACUCGAGCCCUCCUCGGCGUUUCAUGACGAGGAUUCCGGCUGCCACUCGCUGCAGUCCCCACCCAAUGGCCGGACCCAGGACCACCAUGCGCUGCUUUGUCUGAAGGCGGCGGGCACAGCCACCUGGAGCGACCCAGCGAGCUGUGCAUCAACCGCACGGACCUCAAGCAACUCUUCCCUGGACGACGACGACGAUCAGGAGGACCAAGGCGUUGAUGGCAAUGGCAAGGACGAGGGCAAGGACGAGGGCGAGGACGACGAGGACGCUGGUGGCAAGGCAGGCAGGCGUGGAAACGCGGGCGGCGAUCUGGGUUGCGGUUCUGCUUGCUCUGGUGGCGCGGACUCAACGGCAGCGAAGCCUUUGGUGGCUAAGCCGUGGUCUUGCGAGCAGCGCGACAGCUCCAAGUUGGAACGAUCAAGGCUUCAGGAGACCACAGCACGAACAAGUGCACCUGUAGUGAGCCGCCGAACCACACAACCCGCCAACAAGAACGCCGCCUGCGCUUCAGCGCCCGUCAUGACCAGCCAAGCCUCCCGCGACGACGCACGCGUCAUGGCACAAGCGCCCGCCAACACCACGCCACAUGCCACGCCACACAAUGGCUCUGCACCUCCAUCGCCACAACAGCCACCCCACUUUUCCUCAAGCCAUCCUAACAGCAGUGCCAACACCACGGACGCCAACCAAGCGCCUGUCGAUAGCACGCAUUUGAUGGAGCAGAGGUUUCAGCCAUCUGUGCAACAGCUGCAGCAGUCGUCGCCUGCCCCUCGAAAGCCUCCGAGUGUUGCGAGAAUGAUGCAGCAGCAGCAGCGAUUGCAGCAACAGCCGCCACAACGGCCACAGCAACAACAACAAUUUCCUAGUUUUACUCAGGUUCCCCCGCCGCGUCAACGUGUUAGCCACAAUACAUAUCCUGGAUCCAACCAUCCCCCCUUGGGGCCGACGAGUGCGAUUAAGGGCUGCGGGUCAGCUCCAUCCGCAAUGCCAACCGCAGCUCAGCCACAGUCGGCCGUUUCUUCGUUGAACCUAACCGCACCUAGCAGCCAGUCUUCGUUUUCUUCAGCGUCUUUGUCUUUGUCUUCAUCAACACCCUCUACGUCGUUGCACAACAAGCCAUGCGUGCCCGUGAACGCACAGCAACAACAGCAGCAGCACCAUCAUCAUCAGCAGCAGCCCUCACACCCGUCAUUGCAUGCGUUGCUCCAACUUGCGCAAGCACGAGCGGCGUUGGGAGCAACGCAGCCCACCACACCAGCCAUGCAAUAUCAACAGUUAUUUGCAACACUGCAAAGGCAGCAGCAGCAGCAGCAGCAGCAACGGCAGUUGCAACAACAGCAACUGCAACAGUAUCUUCAGCAGCAGAACCCACAAGCGCUGUCGGCCCGAACACUGCAAUUCCUGCAACAGGUACUGUUGCAACACCAACAUCGUCAAGCACCGCAACAGCCCCAGCCCUCCAAGGACACUGCAGCGGCGCCAAGAGAGGCUGAUCCGCUUGCCCAGUUCCCCGUCGGAGAGGAGGAGGAGGUGGAUCACUGGCACGUCUGCCGGUGCGAACAGACGCUGUCGCAGCCUUGCAGCUUGCCCGGCAUUCGCGUCCGCAAGAAGAUGAGCGUUCUCUGUCACGUGGUGGAUGUUGACGUUGCUUCGCACAUUGUGCAGCACUUUCCCGAACAUCUCCAAGUCGUGAACAUGGCCCGCGUGCAGAAUUUUGAGCUGCGCACCCGCUACCUGACCAAGCGCGAGCGUGUCCUGCGUGCGCGCGGCCUCGAGCCCCUGCCUGCACCGGGCCAUGAUGCCAGCCAGCAGCCCCUCGAGCUCUCCUGUGUCGAUGCGCGCGUCUCGCAGCUGCUGGACACGCGUGUUGAGCGCCGCGCCUUCCACUGCACCAGCGCGCCCAACAUCAACAGCAUCCACGCGUACGGCCUGCGUAAGGAAUGCAGUCGCGUGGGCAACUUUGGGCGCGGCAUUUACAUGGGUCUGGAGCCGGAGAAGGCAAACUCGUACUGGAAGCCGCGCGUGAACAUGGCCUGCAGCAAGACGGCGCCUGAGAUGCGCUUCAUGCUCGUUCUGCGCGUCAUCCCCGGGCGCGUGUACCCUGUGCCAGCGCAGCACAACAUGCCGUACCUGGAGGGGCCGCCGCCGGGCUAUGACGGCGUGCUCGGCACCGUGCGCGGCGGCCACGAGCUCGUCGUGUACGAGAACGACCGCGUCAUUGUCGACUACAUUGUUGGCUACCGCGAUAUUCGCCAUGUUGUGCCGCGCGUCGAGCACCCGCUGUACACCACGGCGCCGCUGCCCGCGCAGCUGACACGCCACCCCAAGCAGCAGCAGGAAGGAAAGGUGGGGGAUGGCAAUGACCAGGAGCCGGAAGUACAAGGGCACGUUCACCACCACAAGAAGCGCCAUCCAUCGUACACGCUUCCCGGCCCCGUCUUCCCUGCCAAGACAAACCCGGACACGCGCCGUGCCGCGGCAACGCCGCGCCCAACCCCGACCGCAUCCACGCCAGCGCUGGUGGCCUCUGGGCAGCAGACGCCGUCCACGGCAGCGACGGGCACCAGCAAGAAGGCUGUGUCGCAACAACAGGUUGCAACGGCCUUGAGGAACUCUGCACUCAUGCGUGUGUCAGGGAUGACAGCAGCGCCGACGACAACAACAACAAUGACAACCACCCCUCCAACAACAACAACAUCGAUGACGACAACACCAAGUGCAACAACGCCACAGCCGGCGCGGCCGUCGACUGCACCAGCACCAGCGCCGGCGUCAGGGAGUGCCAUGCGAGCACGGCGGCCACGGCUGCCGACAAUGCCUACAUUGCCGACACUCAAGGAGGCAGCGCAGGAGGAGGAACCCAAGCGAGGGGACUUGUCGCACCAACUCAGCACCAUGACGCUCCCACAAACCCAGGACGCCACCACCACCACUGCAGCCGCAACUGCCGCUGCCACCCCCGCUUAUACCAGCCGAACCGCACGUCCCAACAUGGACUGCGGGGAGGAUGGUGUCAGACUACGGCGGCAACGGGCCGGCUCCACGCGCGCAGCUGACGCUGAUGCUACUUCGGCCAGCGCUGGCGACAGGCCACAGGGCAGCGCUGGUGCUGGUGGUGUCGACACCACUGCGACACGACCCAGCACGAGGCCACCGAGCAGGCCCUCCAGCAAGCGGGCGGGGCGCACCCGGUGCCCGGUGGAUGAAUCGGAGCUGGCGCCAGCACCGGCCGCCUCCAGAUCGUCCUCGGCCCGGUCUUCCACAGCACCGUCGCGGCUUGCGUCUGUGUCCUCAUCACAUUAUCCCACGCCUGGUGGCCCAACCACCACCGAUGAUCCCUCGUCGUUUCUCCACGCCAAGCGGAGCAAGCGAGACAGCGCCGGUGGUCUGUUCCCAAUCGGCAACGCAGCCGUGUAUGUGCAGCAGGUGGAUGGUCACGCCAGCGACAGCGAUGACAGCACCGAUGCAUUUUGAUCAGCACUGCGCUCAUAAGCGAGCGUUGGCUGAUUUGUUUUCAUGAUGAACUCCCAUCCUCCCUUCAUGUGUGUUUUGUUUGCUCGACUUUACAUAACCCUUUUCCUCCACCGUCUUCAACCAUGCCUUUUGUUGCCAGGCUUUGUGUGCUGCUUUAUGUGUGUCUCUCUUUCUUGUUUCUGCUUUUGCUGCUUGGUUCUCCCCAGUUACAGGUAAUUUAUUCUGUUUGCUUGCGUGCCGCAACCUCUCACAUCAGCACUAGUGUUACAUCCUGAGUUGCUUUUUGAGUGGCUGCCUUGCUUGUGCGCACUCGUCGCCCGAGCUUUCCUUUCUCUCUUUUCUUCACUUUCUACAUGGUUUCCCCGUUUGGUUUGAUGUGUUGUGACUCGUUCUCGUUCUUCUUCGCAUUCUGGUGUGUUCCAACAAUACAACGGACGUAACACCACUGCUGCCGUGAGUGCACGUCACGG